GUGAAGCUCGCCGCUGCCAGACAGCAGUGAAUAUCAACAGCAGCAGCAGCAACUAACUUUAGCUGGCAAUUUCCUAAGGAAUCAUUACGUGAAUGUAUUUGUGAAGUCUGUCUCUGCUGAGCUGAGGUGCUGAAUGUCCUUCAAGUGUCGGUAAAACAUGACCCCGAGAUGAUUCACCAGUGGCUUGGACAUCUGUGAUUUGACAAAAGAUGAGGCUUGCUCAGUUUUUCAGACAUGCUCAAAAUGAUUGCUACUGUAGGCACAUAAACCACACUGACAUGGACAACAAACUAUAGUGAAUCAUGUUUGUUCCAUUUUGCACAUCACAUUCACAAAGAAACACUAACUACAUACAUUACAUUUAAUUAGUUUUGAAUGGCUUUCAGUUGAUAACCAUGUCACUGGCAGAGCAGUCUCAAAAGUGGUUUCCAACCCAUGUCCAAGCCACUGUUCUUCAAGCAACCAGUUUACAGGCCAAGGGCAAAAAUGGCACCAACGAUGCCUACACUAUCAUCCAGCUGGGCAAGGAAAAGUACUCGACAUCGGUGGCUGAGAAGACACUUAACCCUGUCUGGAGAGAGGAAGCGUCCUUUGAGUUACCAGGGUUGCUUUUGGAGGGGAACCCAGAAGUAUAUGAACUCUGCUUUAUAGCGAUGCACCGGUCUUUGGUUGGGAUGGAUAAGUUCCUGGGUCAAAGGUCCAUCAACCUCAAUGAAAUCUUCGAUAACAAGGAACGGAAGAAAACUGACUGGUAUUCCUUGGAGUCUAAGCCGGGGAAGAAGAGGAAAGAACGAGGCCGCAUCCAAGUCAGCAUCCAGUUCAUGAGGAACAACAUGACAGCCAGCAUGUUCGACCUCUCCAUGAAGGACAAGCCCCGCUCGCCUUUUUCCAAACUUAAGGACAAGAUGAAAGGUCGCAAACACGACAGCGGCUUCAGUGACACGUCUUCUGCCAUCCUGCCUCGCUCUGCUGUCAGCGACGCAGAGCCAAACCGCCAGUCCUUCGCCUCAGAACCACAACCCCAGCCUGAAGCUAAGGUCAAGAGGCCGCUACUCUCUGGGGCACACAAACUCUCUGCAGCCCACUCCAUGUCCGAUCUCAUUGGGACUCACUUCCGACCCAAACUGGAUUCCAUGAACUCCAUAGAAGAGAGUGGGAGUGCAGGCGGCCCUCACAGGCGUUCCCAGAGCGAGGUGCCAGGCUAUCAGGACGGUGAGGCACACAGUGACCCUUUCACUGAUAUCAGUGACACCCUGCCACAGAAGUAUGCCACGCUCCCACGCAACCGCAACCCGUUCGAGGGGGAGCACGGGCAGCUGUGGGACCGGGCGGAGCGGAAGGAGAAAAAGGAGAAGGUCAGCCUACUGGAACGCGUGACUGGAAAGAAGGAAGGCCGCAAGACCAACUACGGGGGGCGGUCGGGCAGCUCGGGAGACCUGUGUUCCCCCAACCCCUUCAGUGGAGACUCACAGGCUGACACUAACCCGUUCAUCUCCAACUACAAAACCAGUAAUAAAAAGUCAAAUGAAGACAUCACAUUUGGGCAUAAGAAGAAAGACAUAUACGGCAAGAAAAAGGAGGUGAAACAGGAAAGCCUGGCCGCCUACAGCAACCUUUCCUUUGAGGAAGUUGUGCGGGAACUCAUCAAGCAGAAAGAAGUGGUGAAAAAGAAAGAUGCCCACAUCAGAGAGCUGGAGAACUACAUCGACAACCUGCUGGUGCGCGUCAUGGAGGAGACGCCCAGCAUUCUACGGACACCCUACGAGCCCAAAAAGAAGGCGGGUAAAAUUGGUAAAAAGAAAUAAAAGACAAACAGUUAGUAAUGAAGGUUUAGCAGGAGCUUGUGGUAAAAUAAGUGAGAACAAAUGGUAUUGAUCGAAGCUACCUUCUAGAUGGUUUAUGUCUUUGCCUAAAGGACAUUUUUAUUCAGUGGGUUUAGCUUUUUGUACUUUUUUUUUUUGUUUUGUCAUUCCUAUUUUUGUGGGUGUAUUUUUAGGUACAGGAUGAGAGAAAUUCAUUGAUUGAUUCAAGUCCAAUCAAAUCAUGUAAUGCACUUGUCCAUCCACAUGUCACACAUACAGCUGCCAUCAUUGGCUCAAAUGUUCUUAAGGUGCAAAUGCAGCCAAAGUCAUGUUUACCAGAUGGUUUAUUUGAAGUAAAUAAGUAGUUUGAAGUUUCCUGUGUGCUGAAACACGGUCAAGUGGGCUGAGAAGAUGAAGCUGUAGUUGCUGUGUUUACACUGGAGACACUGGAAACUACAAUACACAUUCAGAGGAGGAAAUCGUUUUUGAGCCUCUUCUGCUCUACAGAUGUGUAUUCUUAGAAAGACUAGAGGAGAGUUACUGUAAGAAGUUGCCGGACAGUAUCUGGAAGUCUGGUUUCCCUCUUCAAAAAAUGAACAAACAUACAGUUACUGAUUUUCUAUUCUUUCUUUUUUUUGUGAUGACUAUCAAUUAAGUUUAUUAGUGUCUCAGUCGUUUGCUGGAGGUGAUAGUUUUACUGACUUUAAGUGCAAUACUCAUCAUUUCCUUUACAUUCUGCUGGUACUAUUCUUGUUUACAUUUUAAUCUAAGCUUUGAGUCAAACUCAUCUGUUUAAUAUUGAUUUGAUUCACUGGAAAAAGUUGUGUUGUUACAGCCUCUACAGAUCAACCAAUCUCCUUCUAUUACAAUUUUGAGAAGAUUGUAUUAUGAUUCCAAGCUGCACAUUUGGACUUGUGCUGAACAAUCUUUAUUUAUAAAUGUGUUAUAGCUCAGUUACAUAUGAACAUUAUUUCAAUGUAUUUGUAAGAUGGUAAAAACUCUACUGUACCCCCUCCCUCAUCACCCUUUCUAAUGUGUUAACACUCAGUAGGUUAAAGUCCUCAAAAAAAAUCUUGUUCAUAAGUAUUUAUGUCUUACUGACACAGUUCUAUAUGUUUUUACAUCGGCUUUAAUAUGUGUUUACCUCACAGAUGAACUGUGCCUCAGUAUGUCCAUUUUCCUGUGUUAUAAACACAGUCUAAAUCAUAUACAGGUAGAUGAACGUGGUUCAACGCUUUAUGGUACUAAUUAUGAUCAGUUCAUAACUGUUCCAGGUAAACAGCCAAUGAGUGUCAUUCUGUUUGCAGAUCACAGUUUGACAGCUGCUGUCGGAAGCUAACUGUCCUCAUUUCACAGUUUUAUGUCAUCUCAUAUGUCGCUUCAAUCUGUGACGCUAACGUCAAAAUAAGAUAGGAUAAGAUGUACCUUUAUUAAUCCCUGUGUGGAAAUUCUUAAUGGUGUUUCCAUGUUUAACUUCUUAUUCUGUGAAGGCAUCAGUUUCUACUGAACAAACGCUGAGUGAAGUAAGGGGCAGCUGUUAAGGGUGUUACACGUUUCAUCACAAUAUGCUAUAACGUUGAUUCUCCAACAAUAAUGCAAUAUUUGCUUAUAUUCCAGAGUCUGCCCUAAUUUGACUAUUAUUCCAUUCAAUUAAGAGUCUAUUGAUUAAUGUGAGGUGAUGUAAGAUGCCCUUGUAACACAACUAAAUUUACAAAAGACAGCUAAAAGAUGUUUUUAAAUGUGUAGGAGGGCGGUGCAAUUAGAUGGAAUUCGGGAAAAAACCUGCUUUGGAGAUUUUAAAAUAAGUGUGUCUUUCUGAUCUGUAUGAAUGUUUUCACUCAGUAUUAUCAGUAUAUUGCAUUAUUGCUCACUGAAAUGAUAUAUAUUGUUGUUUCGUUACACCCUUAGCAGCUUUUGGAGCGCACUCAUGGUACUUAAAUGAUCAAAAUGACUAGUUAAAGGUGAACCAUUUGUAAUCUCCUUUACCUGUGUUCGAGCUAGAUGUUCAACAAUAGUUUAAUAACUUCCUGAUGAUUAGGUUUACAUUCAAUUUUUGUAUUCCUUUUAAGAUGAGAAGCAGCUUCAUGUACACUGUUAAACACCUUUUGUAUUGUAGUAGUUAAUUUAUCAAUCUUAUUUUUCCGGUGACUUUGUUCUGAUGCUGGUAUUUCUUUCUGGUAUUUAUAUCUAUUUUGUAAUUACUUUUCAGUCUUAUACAAUUUCUGACCUUUACACUGUAUGAUACCAAAUCACAGUUGAGUGCUACACUGUAUCGAUGGAAUGUCAAAACACACUUUUUCAUGAACCACUGAAAAAACAGUUUGUCAUGUACUAAUUAUUUCUGCUGCGGAGUUACUUCAUGUGAAGGUAUGCGAUCUCUUCUUGGACUUGAAGCCAAAAUCUCUUGUUACUGAAUGUAUCCUGCUCGAUUUUGAAAUACGUGAUUACCUGAGAAUGUAAUCACGUAUACCUGAAAUGUACCAUGAUAUACAAAACACUUACAAGGCCAUGGAACCUUGCUUGCCUUUAAAGUAUUUGGUGUAUCCAAAGAGAUCAUUUCACACGCGGACUGUGUAUUAUGUGAUAGUAAUUAAGAAAAUAUGUGGAUAAGAAUCUGUUUCGCUUUACGGAAAGAAGCUUCUCACUGAUUGCCUUCCUACAUGUGCUGAAGUGUGAACUCGUGUUACAGGCUCUUAUUGUUUAAACUGCUUUAACUACUCUGUAUUGCUAGUUGUUAAUGGACCUUUGCCGAACUCUCAAAACUUCCAUUGUACAUACUGUAUAGUCACUUUGUAAUAUCUCUUCACUUUGCACAUUUUGCUGUGCUGUAAAAUGUUUGAAAAGGUGCUUACUGAGGCCUGAAAUUCAGUCAAAUUGUGAGCUAAGCCAAAUUAGAUUUCAAAGGUAGGAAGGAAAAUAUAAAAAUAAAGAAAAGUAAUCACCACCUAUCUUUCAAAUGAGCUGAACUGAUACUAUCAAAGUAGUUUGGAAAUUCUGGCUUUAUAAUAGAUUAUAGACAUGUUCUGUUGCUCCUGUAUUUAGUGUAGGUCAUAUGGUGCAUUAUAGUGUAAAGCAGAGAAUGGAACAGGUGAUUUACACUCAGGUCAACUAUGUGCCCCAAAGCGCCGCUGCUUUGCUCGAACGAUGAAAAAAAACGAUACGGUCGUAAUAAAUAAAUGUUGAACACAUUCGGAACCCGAGGUUAUUUAGUUCAAAUUAAAAACGAGGGGUUGUGUAGUUCGAAUUAAUUAAUUAAUUGUGCCUGUCAUAUUCUCUUUCAGCUUGAUUGCUACAUUUGCUUUAUAUGCUUUAAUAUAAUUUGGUGCUUUGGAAGAUGUCAGAAUAAAUCGCAAAUCUAAAUGAAAAGCAUUUUCAAAUAAUUUCUCCAGCACAACAUUGUAAAGGGGGUGCAUUGCAAAAAAACACAGCCACCCCUGCAUCAUUAUUGUACUUCUUCCUCUGCUGUUUUGCAUAAUACUCGUCAUCCAAUCAAUGCCAGUGUUCCAAUAUGCAAAGCGCUCAGAAUGCGUGGAGGCAAAAUGUCCUAUAAGAUUUGGCCUGUGUUGUAAUUUAAAUUAAUAUAGAUUAUUUUGCACACGCAUAAAGUAUGUUUUGUUGGUGUUGUCCACCCCAUUCAACGACACAAACAUAUGGGGAUUUUUUUUCUCCAUGUUGACGAAGCAUGCAUUUAACCUUUUGAUGAAGAUGACAUAAAACUCAAGUCGGAUCUCACAAUCCUCCUCUGGCAGCUUUUUAAGUCUUCUACUGAUAAUAUGAUGCUGCUUGCCAUAGGCCACAUACAGCUGCCAGACACUAAGACUUAAGCUCCCGCUAAAUCCCCUGACGGUGCUUGUAAUGUGGCACACAGUUGUUGAAGGAAAUGGUGACUGUGUUUAUAAAAGAUCUCGCCAGUUAGCAUUGAGUUUACACAAUCGUAUGGAGGCUGGUGCACAAGAGGUGCCAACACAAAUAACCACAAUGUGAGAGGAGUUUAGUGCCCCAACAUGGUGGAGACCUUAAAUGACAUUUUGAUACUAACGUGUUCCUCAAGGUAGUCGAUGUGAACUCAGCCACAAGCCUUGUAAUGUAAAAAAAACCAUGUAAGUAAAUGGCUGAUUCUUGUCAUUUAUGCAUGUCAAUCAAAUGGUUUGAUUGUUAAACUAUAUAUUUUUGCCAAAUAUGUCAUUUUUCCAUUGAUUCCUCCAGUUUGGGGUCAUUUUCAUCAACUCGUUACACUACCUUAUUGUAAUUUAAUUAACUAAAAAGUCCUUUCAUCAGAAAAGGUACAGGAUUUUUUAAAUCUUCACAUAAUAGCCUAUAUGCAAGACUUUCAUACCUGGAUGUGUGGGAACAAGAAUGUACGGCUUUUUUAAAAUUAUUGUAGUUCUGGAAAUGCGUUGGGGUUUAGAAAAUGUAUAUAAUAUAAUAACAGUAUGAUGUUGAUGGUGACUGUAUAUGAAGUGCUAACGCAAGCAGUAAUUCAGAAGAAUUUGGUGAUGCAUUUCUUGAAAUUCAUCCACUACAGUUCCAACUUGUUACUUUUAGAUAUCAUCACCAUCAUUAUAAUUAAAAUCCAAUGUCAUUUUCAAUAAACUCACUGUAAAUGA